AUGUUGCGAACAUUCUCUUCGAAUGUAGCAGAGCGGGCGCCCUGCCAGCUGCGCACCUUUGCUUCGUCGGUUUUAGCUCGUUCGGAUGCACCUUUUUCGCGCCCGGGCCCCAUUCCGCUUCCAAAGGAGGAGCAGAAAGAGUUUGAAAAGCUUGUGCGCGACAAGGAAAACACGAUACCCUUUGCAGACAUUGAUAAGGAAGGGAAGGAGUCGAAUGCGCAUCCUGAUGCGCGCCAAAAGGCCAGCGUCGAGUUCGAGGGCGAUGUGAACCCGGUAACAGGCGAAGUUGGCGGCCCGAAGACAGAUCCACUCCGCUGGAACUCCGAGUGGACUUUUGGCGGCCGCGCUACCGACUUCUGA